AUGACCACUUAUAGGAUCAGCAAUGAUGUGGAUGAAGACUACUGGACCCAAACCAAGGCUUAUCGCUUUGAUUUCGAUGACCAAACUCUUGUAGAGUCCAGUAGCGUAGUUGGCAGCGAAUCAAGUGAGGCCACCAUCGAUGAAGUGUUAGGUCUAAGUGGAAGUGCUUCAAGUGGUGCACGUGUGGCCCAGAGUUUAGAUGAAGGACUGGCCGAAAGUGUGGUCUCCGCGCAGAUCGACGAGUGCUUACAACACAUGAAAAGCCAAGAGACAAGUGUUGGGAGCAAACGGUCGCCACAACAUGUCAUCAAUUCGUUGUCCAAAGGGAUUGACAUUGAUUUGCAUGAAUAUAAAGGCAAAGAAGACAAACUGGAACUCUUGGACACAGCGCUGCACACAAACGAAGGCAAUGCCAUCAUUAGUGUGGUAUUGCAUCUCAAGAGGACAACGAAGGACUCGAUAUUUAAUUAUGAGUUAAGCCGCAGGAGUUUAGCCGCAGAUCACUAUCUCUUUUAUUUGCGGCAAAACAAAAGAAUGACUGAAUUGGUGGACACACUGUCGAUGUUGGGCCGCCACGAAGAAGCGGCUAUCACUGCAUACUCUCAGGCCAUCGCCUGUCGAGACAUUGACACAAAAGUGCAUAAUUUGAAGAGUUGUUUGCGAAACCAUUUCACAAGUGGAGGCAAUGAUUGUAUUUUUUGGAAUAACUAUAUUUCAGAGCAGAUCUCACUUCUGGAGCUACAGUUGCCCAUUGAGAGUGACGACCGGCGACAGGAACGGGAGGGACACAACCAACUCUUCACACAAACCCAGAGAACGCCUUUAAUUGAUUUACCAGUCCUUUCCACACUAUACUAUUGCUGUCUAUUUCACUACUGUUUGUCUGAAAAUCAUUUGGCGAGUCCUAAAGCUAUUUGCAAAGCCUUUUACUUAAGUGAUCAACAAUUUGUUUGGACCGCUCUCUCAGCUUUGGCUCAAACUCGCCAAUGGCUUCAAAUCGAUACUCUCUUUGAAUACAAAUCAUGGUUAGGUAACAAACGCCUCAAAUGUUGUAUUGGGUUCGACAAAGUGGUGUUAUUAUUACACAGAAAUGGGGCCCCACUGGAGGUGUUGAACAAAUAUCUACAGACUAUCGAUAACUUGGACACUAAAUUCAAUUUAGCCAAAGAGAUGAAGCAUUUGGAAUUAGCGAUUGAUCAAGAGAUCGGAAAAAAUUAG